AUGAGUUCAGAGAAACUGAAACUGAAGUGUAGUUGAGCUGUUGUGUGUUUGUUUCUCUGUGUUCAUGAAGUAAAAUGGCAGAAGCCAAAAUUUCUCAGGAUGAGUUCAUGUGUUCAGUGUGUCUGGAUCUCCUGAAGGAUCCAGUGGCCAUUCCCUGUGGACACAGUUACUGUAAGAUCUGUAUUACAGGCUGCUGGGAUCAGGAGGAUCAGAAGAGAGUCUACAGCUGUCCUCAGUGCAGACAGACCUUCAGUCCAAGACCUGCUUUAGCUAAAAACACCAUUCUGGCUGAACUGGUGGAGAAACUGAAGAAGAUUAAACUUCCUGCUGACUGUUACGCUGGAGCUGGAGAUGUGCAGUGUGACGUCUGUACUGGAAGAAAACACAAAGCCGUCAAAUCCUGUCUGGUGUGUCUGGAGUCUUACUGUCAAACUCAUUUUGACCGUCAUGAGGAAUUUCACUCACGUAAGCCACAUAAAGUGACUGAAGCCACUGGACGACUGCAGGAGAUGAUCUGCCUGAAACACGACAAGAUCCUUGAGGUUUUCUGCCGCACUGAUCAGAAGUGUAUAUGUGUGCUGUGUACGAUGUAUGAACAUAAAAACCACGACACUGUAUCAGCUGCAGCACAGAGGACAGAGAAACAGGUAUGA